AUGGAUUUCCCCGUGAACAUUGCAUUGCUUGGCACCAGCAACUCCACCGCUCCAGACAACACCUCUGGCACGGGUUUAACGCUGGAAAUAGUCACCAUAGCACCGGUGUUACACAGCUUUUUUACGAAGGCCAGUCAUGGAAACCUUACGGGCGGAGGCGACGAAAACCAACAACACAUACCCGUGCAGAGCGCGGAGGGAAACUCGGUCCUCCAGGGCAUCACGGUGGCAGCUCAAGCCUUGUUGCUCCUGGCCAUCUUCCUCCUCUCUAGUUUAGGGAAUUCUGCGGUGGUGAUUGUCAUAAUAAAACAUCGACAGCUGAGAACCGUUACCAAUGCUUUCAUCAUGUCUCUUUCACUGUCUGAUUUCUUGACGGCCGUUCUUUGUUUACCGUUCUCGUUCAUGAUGCUCUUCAGCAAAGAUGGUGUGUGGAUGUUUGGAGACCGUUUCUGCGUCGCCAACGGGUUCUUCAACGCAUGCUUUGGUAUUAUUUCCACACUGACAAUGACUCUAAUUUCUUUUGACCGGUAUUAUGCCAUCGUGAGGCAACCUCAGGAGAAGAUAGGCAGGAGGAAGGCCAUAACGCUGUUGGUGGCAGUGUGGUUAACAGCAGUGUUUUUCUCCAUUCCAUGGUACCUGGUAAUGCGAACAUCCAAGGAUCUAGUCGUCCAUAAAAGGGGCUUCUACCACUGUAUGUAUGUCUUUCACACUGGUACUUCUAGGAUGGGUACCUCUUACAGUAUAGCUUUAAUAGUGGUGUGUUAUCUCCUUCCGUUUGCGCUCAUGUGUUUCUGUCAUUAUAACAUAUGUAAGACCGUUAGGUUAUCAGAAAUAAGGGUGCGGCCGGUGACCACUUACGCGUAUUUACUCCGGUUUUAUAGUGAGAUGAGGACGGCCACGACAGUGCUGAUUAUGAUAGUGUUUAUCAUCUUCUGCUGGGGCCCCUACUGUCUGAUGGGUAUCAUCACCGCCGUGGGAGAUUACUCAUUCAACCCUGUCAUGGACACCGUGGCAAUAUGGAUGGCAUGGGCAAACGGUGCCAUAAACCCGCUCAUUUACGCAAUUAGAAACCCAAACAUAUCGAUGCUUUUAGGCCGAAGCCGAGAAGAGGGAUAUAGGACUAGAAACAUUUCUGUCUACCUAUCUACACAAACCCAAAGCAGGGAUGUAAGAACCAGGGCCGACCAAAUCAGAGACCGGUAUGUGAGCAGGCAUGGUGCAAACAGCCGGUUGUCUUCCUCCAGCCCAGCGAAUGGAGGAGAGGUCGCGAUGUGGGCUUGUAAAAACCCCGCGGUGUUCUUCUGUAGGGAUGCUCAGCCAGAUACUCUGUCCGAACCCACGGUGCCAAAAGUUGAAACUGCAGAUACAAGUCUGUGA